AAGGGGUGGGGGGGGGCCCGGCUUGUCGGUGCCCCGCCCGGGGAUGGGAGGAGGAAAACCUCCCGCCGUCCCUUUAACAGCCAGCGGCGCUGCUCGGAGUUCAGGCCGGGGUCAGGGGGAGUUCGCAGCCCGGGUUUCACCUCCGAGCUGGCGGCGUUGGGAACCCCGAGGAGCCGCUGCUGCUUCUUCCAGCUCUUCUUCCUCCUCUUCCUCCUCCUCCUCCUCCCGUUCCGUAGGACCGGCCGGGAGAGCGGGGUAUGGAGGAACAGCAGCAGCAGAGGAGGAGGAGGGUGGAGGGGAAUAGCAACCGGCGGCGGCCCCCCCGGGGCUGAGCCAUGAGAGUUCACCGAGACCUCGGCUGGUUGGCGGAGGCCACCGGGCGCCCAGGGCGGCGGGCGAGGAGCGGGAUGCUGGACGCCAUGGAGGUGCCGAGCCACUCGCGGCAGCUGCUGCUGCAGCUGAACACGCAGCGCACCAAGGGCUUCCUGUGCGACGUGAUCAUCGUGGUGCAGAACGCGCUCUUCCGCGCGCACAAGAACAUCCUGGCGGCCAGCAGCGCCUACCUCAAGUCGCUGGUGGUGCACGACAACCUGCUCAACCUGGACCACGAGAUGGUGAGCCCCGGCAUCUUUCGCCUCAUCCUCGACUUCAUCUACACCGGCCGCCUGGCCGAGUGCGAGCCGGGCGGCGAGCAGAGCCUGGGCGCCGUGCUGGCCGCCGCCAGCUACCUCCAGAUCCCCGGCUUGGUGGCCCUUUGCAAGAAGAAGCUGAAACGCAGCGGCAAGUACUGCCACCUGCGCGGGGGCUACGCGCCCUACAAGCUGGGCCGGGGACUGCGCGCCGCCACGCCGGUCAUCCAGGCCUGCUACUCGGGGACGCCGCGGCCCGUGGACUUGCCGCCCGUGGAGCCGGCGGCGCCGCUCAACACGCAGUGCGGGGAGCUGUACGCCUCGGCCGCCCAGGGCGCCCCGCUGCACCCCCACGGGCUGUGCCCGCCCGAGCGCCAUUGCUCGCCGCCCUGCGGCCUCGACCUCUCCAAGAAGAGCCCCACCGGCCCCUCCGCCCAGCUCCUGCCCACCGACCGCCUGCUGCCCGGCGAGCCCCGCGAGCCCUCGCUGCCCCCGCGGCACGACAGCCCCCCCGUCAGCGCCGGCCUCUUGGCCGGCCACGCCGCCGCCUACAAGGACUCCCCGCCGGGCGGCGAGCCGGGGGGGCACCCCCACGCCCCCGACCCCUUCCGCAGCACGCCGCCCUGCGCCGAGCCCCCGCUGCCCCGCGCCGACGGGCGCGAGCUGAUGUACCGCUGGAUGAAGCACGAGCCCCUGGGCCCCUACCUGGACGAGGGCGAGGCGGAGAAGGAGCUGGAGCGGGAGGAAAAGGCCGAGUCGCCGCCCGCGGCGCCGCAGCCCCGCUACCCCAGCGUGGAGAGCAACGACCUGGAGCCCGAUAACAGCACGAGCGAGGAGACGGGCAGCAGCGAGGGCCCCUCGCCCGGCGACGCGCUGGACCGCUACUGCAACCACCUGGGCUACGAGCCGGAGAGCCUGGGCGACAACCUGUACGUCUGCAUCCCCUGCGGCAAGGGCUUCCCCAGCUCCGAGCAGCUCAACGCUCACGUGGAGGCCCACAACGAAGAGGAGCUCUAUCACAAGGCGGCGGCCGAGCAGGCCGUGCCCUUCCUGGACAAGGGUGGCCCGGGGCUGGGUGACAUCCUGCGGCCCUACCGCUGCUCCUCCUGCGACAAGUCCUACAAGGACCCGGCCACGCUGCGGCAGCACGAGAAGACGCACUGGCUGACGCGCCCCUACCCCUGCACCAUCUGCGGCAAGAAGUUCACGCAACGCGGCACCAUGACCCGCCACAUGCGCAGCCACCUCGGCCUCAAGCCCUUCGCCUGCGACGCCUGCGGGAUGCGCUUCACCCGCCAGUACCGCCUGACCGAGCACAUGCGCAUCCACUCGGGCGAGAAGCCCUACGAGUGCCAGGUGUGCGGCGGGAAGUUUGCCCAGCAGCGCAACCUCAUCAGCCACAUGAAGAUGCACGCGGCCGGCCCCGAUGGCAAAGCCAAGCUGGACUUCCCCGACAGCGUCUACGCCAUGGCCCGCCUCACCGCCGACCAGCUGGGGCUCAAGCAGGAGAAGGCGGCCGAGCUGCUCUCCCACACCUCGCACUUCCUCAGCGACCCCAAGGCCAUGGAGAGCCUCUACCCGCUGGCCAAGUUCACGGCCGAGCACCUGGGGCUGAGCCAGGACAAGGCGGCCGAGGUGCUGGCGCAGGCUCCGCACCUCCACGCCGAGGCCGCCCGGACCAUAGAGCGAUACUCGCCCCCCUAGCGCCGGCCCGGCCGGGGGGCUGGGGGGGCCGCCGGGCUCCCCUCGCUGCCCCGCGUGGAGUUCGGGGGGGGGGACGGGACGACAGGCGGCGGGUGCUCGUCCCCCGGCGCUGCCGAUGGUCCCGGAGAACUCGCUCGUAGCGGAAGGUCCCAUGAGAGCUGCCCCGGGACGGCUGGACGGCACGUCCCGCGACGAGCGCCCCGGCUUGCCCGGGAGAAGCCGAUAAUUCAGGGACUGACCUCGUGGCGUGGGUCCUCCUUGCCUUGGGGGGGCUGCCGGGCCCCCCGGCACCGGGGCGGGAGCGAAGCACAAGCUGUGAGGCCGGGCUGCGCCCCGAGGCUUUGGAGGACAUGAGCCAGCUCCUUACCUCAGGGCCGUUCCCCGGUGCUGCCCCCCCCGCCCCGGGCGAGGGGACACCCUCGGCAGAUGCCCGUGUCGCCCCCGGCCCCGCCGCGGGACCCCGCCACGCUCGGCUCUGCCACGAUGGGACCCGGACUGUGCCGCCUCGACCGCCGCCGGCCCGUGAGUAGUUCGUCCGUCGUGGCCGGAGCGACGUCUCCGAGCUGCCGGCAGCCGUCCUGACCGGGAGCGGCGAGCGUGGCCAUGCUGGGGCUGGGUGGGGGG